GCCACCAAACAAGAAGAAGAUCUCAUCCAUGAGCGCACCCGUCAGCAAGCAAUAUGGGAGGGGCGCCUGGUGCUGGUGCUUCCCCUGGUGCCUUUGCUGGCAGCUCCGUGGACCAGCUGCACCGGGGGAAUGCCCAUCUGGGCCUACGGCCUCUACAUCCCUUUCCUCUUGAAAGCGAAAGUCACUGAAGGGUUGGUGAUGCACCGAUUGAAGAUCACCGACCACAUGUGGUCUUUGGGUUUCUGGCUUUGGGGCCCUUUGGAGCACCUCGAUGUCUUUACCGAUGGGGCCAUGCCCUGGCAGGCCGCCGCCUGCGACCCCGAAGCAACCCAUCGCUUCGUGGCGUCUUUCGAAGGUGCCGGGCCCUCCCAGCUCUUUCAGCCGCUGGCGCAAUGGCUGGGCCUGCCAGGCCUCUUGGCCUUGACCUUCCUUUUUGCCACGGCCGUGCAGCAGGCGCGCUUCAGCACAGGUUCCCCGGACAAUGCCGCAGCCCUCGCGGCGGACGUGGUGGGCCUCCACGGCCUGGCCACCUACUUCGAGAAGCGCGACGGGAGCGGAAGGGCGAGCAACGUCGUUGUGUACAAAGUGCUGGCAGAAAAUCUGCCGCAGCUCUUUUUACAAACGGCCUUUUUAAGCGCCGCCUUCGCCCGUUUCGACGGGUGGGGGCGGCUCAAGAUCAUGGUGUCGCUGGGCUUGGGCCUGAUCAGCGCCACGCUCAAACUAUCUCAGAUGGCCAUGGCAAUGAUCUCGAUCAUGUGGCGAAGACCGGAGAGGCGAGGAUCAGUCUUGCUCGGCCUUUUGGUCUUUGCACUGCCAGGAUUCCUCAUGGUGGCGUGGGUGGUGGCCCGCAUCAUCAUGGCCCACAAAUGCCCCAGUCACCAGUGGAACCUGGCCACUGGGUGUGUUUGA